CAGUCGCGCGACUCCAGUGCAACCUACCUCCACUUCCACGCCUCGCACCACGCCGACCUCCUCGAAGACUUCACCCAGUCGAUCAACCAGCUGCCCGCUGAGGAGAUUCUCGUACCGCAACACCUGCAGCCGCUGAACCCCGAGGACGAGGACGAUGUCGUGCCGGACCAGCACGCUGCAUUCGGCAUCCAGUGCGCGACCCAAGGCAAGAAAGAGAUACACUGGCGCGAUCUUGGUCUCGAGGACAUAGCGAGGAGGGCACACGCGGACGGCACAUCU